AUGGAAGCCAAAUUCAUAGCUCUGGACCUGGCAAGCCAAGAAGCCGAGUGGCUGAGAAACCUACUGGCAGACGUGACAUUGUGGGGGUGUCCAGCACCGGCUGUUCCUAUGCAUUGUGGUUCACAAACUGCCAUUUGUGUUGCACAAAAUAGUGUCUAUAAUGGGAAAAGAAGACACAUAAGAGUCAAACAUGAGUCUGUAAGGCAGCUAAUAUUAAAUGGUGUAAUCACAAUGGAAUUUGUGAGAUCUGAAAGGAAUAUUGCAGAUCCUUUCACAAAAGGCUUAAAAAGAAAAGCCAUCCUUGAUACUUCAAGGGAGAUGGAUCUGAAACCCAAUGAGGGAAAAAACUUUCUACGAGAUACCGGCACAGGUAUUCGCAGUCACAGUGGAACCCGACUUAGAGCUCAGACAGAAGGCUCAGAGAGAAUAGAAGAAGAGAAGAAUGAAUUGUGUGUUUUUAAUGAACAAGGGAAAUGCCCUUAUAUACUAACACAGGCUUCACUUCUCAGCCAUCCAAAUCCAAAAACAGUGCUGGACCACUCUGACAGGAUAAUGGGGCUGGCACCCGACCCGGAUCAUCAACAGCUGAACGCUCAUCAACCCCGCUCUUACGAAGAUUUGAUGAGGACAGCCAACCGUUAUGCAGAAGCAGAGGACGUUGAUAGGAAGAAGAGGGAUGAAGAAGAUGGUAGUGAAAGAAAUGUUAAGAAGAGUCAUUUCUUGAAAAAUGUGCAAAUGGACUCAAAAUCACAUAUACCACUCAAUUCAACUAUUCCCUUGAGUGAUGUUACAAAUUUACAAUAUGCAGACUUAGGCGAUCCGGAAUACAGCUGUGAGCAUUGCAAUGCCAUAUUUUGGAAUGCGGAUGGAAAAAGUAAUAUUCGUGUUGACGUUGUUGCAGACAUAAAAGAAGUAUUAGAUAAGCAUAAUGUGUUAGUUAAAUCAUUUUGGAUGGCUAAGGGUGAGAUUGAAUCUAACCCCCGUGUUGAGGUUAAGAUGAGGCUUAUUGGUAAAAGGAGUACUGAUGCAAGAACUUAUAACUUACCAAAUGUUUCAGAAGUUGCAGCUUUAAUAGUUGGUGACCUUGAUCCAACGUUAGGGGAACGUGAUAUUUUGGUUGAGUCCAAAUGCGGAGAUUUGAAACGUAUAAGUGAAUUGAAUCCAUCAUAUCUUCCCUUACAAUAUCCUAUUUUGUUUCCAUACGGUGAGGAUGGUUAUCGAGAAGAUAUACAAUUCUCUGUACCAAGCUCAAGUUCUAACGUUGGGCAGAAACGAAUAUCCCAAAGGGAGUUCUUCGCUUUUCGUAUACACGAGAGGCUUAAUGAGGUAAACACGUUGUUGUUUUCAAAGCGUCUAUUGCAACAGUUUUUAGUUGAUGCAUACACUAUGGUGGAAUCCAGUAGACUCACAUUCAUCAGGCAAAAUCAAAAGUCUUUGAGGUGUGAAGCGUACAAAGGUUUGUCAGAUGCAUUAACACGGGGUGAAGUUGAUCCUACCACUCAAGGUAAACGAAUAGUCUUACCAUCAAGUUUUACAGGAGGGGCUAGAUACAUGAUACCGAAUUAUCAAGAUGCCAUGGCUAUUUGUCGUUGGAAUGGAUACCCGAAUUUGUUUAUUACAUUUACAUGUAAUCCAAAGUGGCCAGAGAUCCGACGUUACAUACAUAAACGGGGUUUGAAAGCUGAGGACAGACCAGACAUAGUGUGCCGGAUUUUUAAAUUGAAACUGGAUUCGCUAAUUAGAGAAAUCAGGGUUGGUCAAGUAUUUGGAGAGGUCAGUUCAGUUAUAUACACAAUUGAAUUUCAGAAGAGAGGUUUGCCUCAUGCGCAUAUACUUCUCUUUCUGUCAAGGCAGAGUGCAAUGUUAUCCACGACAUGCAUGGAUAAUAUUAUAUCAGCAGAGAUCCCCGACAAAGAUGGAGACAUCCAAUAUUACAAUGCGGUCGAGGAAUUCAUGAUUCAUGGCCCAUGUGGUGUAGUAAAUAAAAAGUCUCCAUGCAUGAUCAACGGAAAAUGUUCAAAGCAUUUCCCCAAGAAAUUUGUAGAAGCUUAUACUUUAGAUGAUAAUGGGUACCCAAAGUAUAGGAGACGUGAUGAUGGUAGAACAGUGUUGAAAAGUGGUACACAGUUGGAUAAUCGAUAUGUUGUGCCUCAUAAUAAAUACCUUCUUCUUAAAUAUAAUGCACACAUCAAUGUUGAGUGGUGUAAUCAAUCAAGGUCUAUCAAGUACCUUUUCAAGUAUGUGAAUAAGGGAAAUGAUAGGGUGACUGAUGAGUUCUAUAAGAGUACAGUUGAUGAAAAUUCUGCAGAAGUGAUAGAUGAGAUAAGAAUGUAUUAUGAUUGUCGUUACGUGUCUGCUUGCGAGGCGACAUGGCGACUGUUUAGUAAUGACGUGCAAUUUAGGAUGCCUUCGGUGGAGAGAUUGAGUUUUCAUCUACCCGACUGCCAAUCUGUGAUUUUCGAUGAUGACGACAGUAUUGAACAUGUGCUAAGUCGUCCUACGGUAGCCCAAAGUAUGUUUACUGCUUGGUUUGAAGCAAACAAGAAAUACCCAGCUGCAAGACUUUUGACUUACAUUGAUAUGCCAACUAAGUUUGUUUGGAAAAAUACAGUCCGAGAAUGGCAUCCUAGGAAGAGGAGAUUCUCGAUUGGUCGUAUAUUUUAUGUUCCGCCAGGAAGUGGCGAAAUAUAUUACUUAAGGUGUCUUUUGAACAUAGUACGUGGUCCUACCAGUUUCGAAGACAUCAAGACCUUCAAUGGUGUAACACACUUGACAUUCAAAGAUGCAUGUUAUGCUCGAGGGUUGCUAGAUGAUGAUAAGGAGUAUAUUGAUGCAAUCAACGAGGCAAGUCAAUGGUCUUCUGGUCAUGCAAUGAGAAAACUUUUUGUUAUAUUACUAACAUCAAAUUCAAUGGUAAGACCUGAAUUUGUUUGGAAUGCUACAUGGCAGUACCUUUCAGAAGAUGCAGAAUACUACCAUAGACGAAUAGCAAAAUAUCAAUAUUUGAUUUUGUCAGAGGAAUCAAAGAAAAAUUUUGGGUUGAUGGAGAUUGAGAAAUUGUUACAAGUCUAUAAUAAGUCUUUGAAAGACUUUGCACCAAUGCCAUUACCAAACCUAGCUGAUGUAUCAUUGCUAAGUAAUAGGUUAUUGUUGGAGGAACUUUCUUAUGAUCGUGAAGCCAUGGCUAAAGAGAGUGAGAUGUUAACUUCACAACUAACUGAUGAACAACGUGUUGCAUAUGACACAAUUUUGGGAGACGUGCAAUGCAGUAAUGGUGGUUUGUUCUUUGUAUAUGGUUAUGGUGGCACUGGAAAAACAUUUCUUUGGAAGGCUUUAUCAUCAAAGUUGCGGUCUAAAGGUGACAUUGUGAUUAAUGUAGCUUCAAGUGGAAUCGCUUCUUUGCUGCUACCAGGUGGGCGUACCGCGCAUUCUAGGUUCUCCAUACCCAUAAUAGUGAACGAAGAUUCAACAUGUAACAUAAAGCAGGGUAGUCACUUAGCUGAAUUGGUUAUCAAGACAAAUUUAAUUAUAUGGGAUGAAGCUCCAAUGAUGCAUAAACAUUGUUUUGAAGCUCUUGAUAGGACGAUAAGAGACCUCCUUAGAUUCAAUAAUCCUUUAAGUGCUGACAAAACGUUUGGUGGGAAAACAGUCGUAUUUGGUGGUGACUUUAGGCAAAUAUUGCCUGUGAUUCCUAAAGGCACAAGACAAGAUAUUGUUGCCGCAACUAUCAAUUCUUCGUAUUUGUGGAAUAAUUGUAAAGUUUUGCGGUUGACAAAGAACCUCCGUCUAAAUAGAAUAGAACAUGAUGUGCAUCAGUCUGAAGUUGAGGAGUUUGCUAAUUGGAUUGCAUCUAUUGGUGAUGGAACAAUUGGGGGUCCAAACGAUGGUUACGCAGAGGUUGUUAUUCCAAAUGAUUUGUUACUGCCAUGUAUUGGUGACCCGAUUCAGACAAUUGUUGAUAGCAUUUUCCCGGAUUUUAUGAAUGCUAGGUGUGACCCCAACUAUAUGCAAAGUCGUGCGAUUCUAGCACCAACUUUAGAGGUUGUGAACUCAAUAAAUGAGUAUAUGAGUGACUUGCAUACAGCUGAGAGUAAAACAUAUUUCAGUUGUGACACUGUGUGUAAAGCAGAUUCAGACAACGGUAUACUUAGAGAUGUGCACACUCCAGAAUUUCUUAAUGGGUUGCGAUGUUCGGGGAUUCCAAAUCAUGCAUUAACAUUGAAAGUUGGAUCACCUGUAAUGUUGUUGCGAAAUAUAGAUCACUCUUUGGGCUUAUGCAAUGGUACAAGGUUGGUCAUCACAAGAUUGUCCGAGCAUGUGAUUGAAGCCAAAAUAAUGACGGGUGACAAUGCUGGGAGUUCGGUUUUGGUACCUAGAAUGUCUAUGACUCCAUCAGAAACAAGAUUGCCUUUCAAAUUCCAACGAAAACAAUUUCCAUUGAUGUUGUCAUAUGCAAUGACAAUAAAUAAAAGUCAAGGUCAAAGACUCUCUCAUGUUGGGUUGCUACUAAAGAAACCAGUGUUUGUACAUGGCCAAUUGUAUGUUGCUGCGUCUAGGGUUAGCAAUCCUAUGGGUUUAAAAAUUCUAAUUUGUAAUGAUCUUAAUAAUAGUUGUACUUCUACCACUAAUGUCGUUUAUCACGGAGUUUUUAACAAUUUGUAA